GCAAGGAAGAAAAUGCGGGCGCUUACAUUACCGGUAGUUUUACUACAGUGAAAAUUUUUGCAAUCAUCAAUGUGAAAAUUGCUAUAUUUAUCAUUUUAAUUGAUUAUUUUGUUUAUUGUUCCGGUGUGAUGCAAGCUAUUAGGUGUCAUCUCCGCUAUUCGGCAAUCUACAUCGUAUUAUGCAGUUCAUAAUGUAGUAUCAUAUCGUUUAGGUGCUGCCAGCAUUGUUAAAGGGAUGUUGAUGCUUGUCAAGCCAUCAGUGAACCAUUCUUUCUUUGCGAAUUUGAGUUUCUCUCUUUCAGAAAACUUAAAUAAACUGAUUCAAUUGACUGACUAGCAGUAAUACUUGAUAUGAGACAAUCGCAUCACUUGGAGACAAACAGCACGAUGACGGAGCUGUGCUCAGGUUCGUCCCUUCCCAGUCUAAGCAAUCUCUCUCAAGUCACCGUCAAGCUUUUCCCAUAGGUUAUAGAAAGCCGGCGGAAUAAUUAGCUGUACCCGAAGCAUUUAAAUGAACCAAGAACAUUGCAUCGUUGCUUUCUUGUUAGAGUGCGCGAGAAGAGCUAGCAAUACGGGUGCCUAUACUGGCAAGCGGUGCGAAUGGGGGAGUUACAACUCGGCCUAUUGAUAUUCACGCUAAGUGCCGGCUCAGCAAAAAAUCGCUGCUCUCUGGUGAGCGUCGAAGGUGAGCGAUUAUUUGUUCCCCACCUCGUUGCAGCUGCCCCCGGACAACAGUGGCGGUCGUCGCCCGAACAGCCAGACGGGGUUCGAAACCUGCAUCGCGUGGUCUUGACCGCCUGUGACCUCCAGGUCGGUGGCGCUGUCCCGCUGGGCCGCCCGCAGCGUCUAACAACGUCUGUCGGAGAAAAAAAAAAGAAACCGCAGAAGAAGUUGCCGGUCGGAAACGUCCCUAUAUAAUACAGGGGUGCCUCACAGCCUGCAGUCAAUUGCUGUGCAUCUUCGCUCCAGUCACGAGGGUUACAGCUCUCGUUGAGUCUGCUUUCCCGGUUCCCGAUCGCAAGAGAGUUCGGGGACCCUUUCCUUUCGCUCAACUGUCCAGCCUUCACCAGUAGCUUCAGCGACCAGCACCAAGAUGCGACUGCUCUUCACGGCUGUUGUAUUCGUCGCGGCCCUGGCAACCAGCUACGCCGUCGAGAUCGAUCUCCACAAGCCGGUGCAAAUCUGCUCGGCACAGAUGCUGGUCGACGUUGUGAACAACGUCUGCCAGACGCCGCUAACGGCCGCUCGACGUCGCAGGAGGAGCAUCCGCGACUCUGAGGAGGUGAUUGAUGGCGUCACGCGCAUGGUGAGAAACACAAGGCCGUCCAUGCAGAAGCACUCAAUGAAAAUGUCGCGCACACUGGUGCGGGAUUUUGCUAACGUCUGCUGCUACACGCCGUGCCUACCGUCCCGUUUCCUUGAUAUCUGCUGACCGAACUGGGCCUAACACUAUGGAUACUUGCGAAAAGCACAAGGAACCUGGCAACGUAACCUUAUGGCACCUGUCGUCCAGAGCACAGCGUUCUGGCUACAGUUCAAAUGCACAAUCGACACAGACGUCUUGUGAUAGCACUGCGAAACGGGAGCACUUUUUAGCAGUUAUUUUAUUUUGUGAUGUAUAUAGAGAAGGCUACACAUGUACCACACAACUUAUACUACUGUGUCGAUGGGCCGGGACAAUGCAAUGUUCGUGUAUUUAGUUUUAUAUGUAUUGAUAGUUUUAUCGUCGUUUGUUUAAAUGUGCCUAUCUUGUGUGCUCAUAAUUUAUAUUCUUUUUUACAUCGAUGGUUCUUGUCGUUGUCAUUUCCCGGGAAAUAAAAGGUACAACAUUCAU